AUGCCAAAUCAAAAUGAGGAAAUGUUGCAGUUACGGAAUAUACAUAUGGAAAAAUGCAGAAAUGAAAUUAUAAAACAAAUCAAUGCAUUGAAAGAAAACCAAAAAAAGUGAGUAUUUUUGAAAUAAUUUUAAUUUUGAUGUUAAUUUGUUUGAGCCAAGUUAUAAACAAUGAUGACGGUUGAAAUACAAAAUUGAUGUAGUCAUAGAAAUUAUAGAUUAUUUUUACUACUUUCAAGAAAAAUUCUUUUGUACUUUUAUAGUUCAAAACAUCAUCCGUUAUGAAACGUGCUUCAUAAAAAUUCUGCUCUGAAAUUUGUGAAAAAGACAAAUAAAUAUACACAGCGAAAAAAAUUUAUUUUUUCUGUUUCCGUGUGGUACGGUGCGCAAAACAGAAAGUGUUUGCACACACAAAGGGAAUUUUCGAAAAAAAAGAAGACAAAUUAACAUCAAAAUUAAAAUUAAUACUUCACAAUGCGAUUACUUAACUCGUUUUCCCUCCAAUUUUUGAAAUAACCCUUGAUUUUGCUUAUGGGGUGAUUCAGGUCGAAAAAAAAAACUAAAAAAAAAAACAUUUUUUUACAAAAAAAUUCGAUUCAGCAAAUGUCAAAAAACUAUUUUUUUCCACACAAAAAUGAGAGAUAUCUCGCAGCGAAAAUGUUUCAAUGAAAAAAAAUGUCAAAAAAUGUCGAGAAAUAGAAAAAAAUAUAGUUUUUUGACAUUUGCUGAAUCGAAUUUUUUUGAAAAAAAAUGUUUUUUUUUUAGUUUUUUUUUCGACCUGAAUCACCCCAUUAAUUUAUUUUUUUAAUUGAAAUAUUUUGCAGAAUUAAAGAAAGAUUAUCUCGUGCAGAAGAUAUGAUAGAGAGUAUAAUGAGACAACAACAACUAGAUGAAAGUGUAGACGAGACGGCGCAAAUUAUUCAAAAACAACCUAGAAAUGGUGCGAUUGGUGCAUUCAACAAUUUGAUCGAAAAUAGCGAGGAAAACCCGGAAAAAGUGUGGAGAAUUGCGACUUAUGUUUGA